AUGUCUUCGUCUCCUGUUUCUGUUAAAGUUCCUCAUCCGUUCGAUGGGUCUAGAGCUAAUUUGUUCCAGUUGAACACCUUCCUACAAGCUCUCAACGUUCAGUUUGUCGUUAAACGUGUCUCUAACGAUACCGAAAAGAUAGAUCAUCUCUCCAUUAACCUAACUGGCUCGGCCCUUAACUGGUUCGUCACAUACUCCACUAAUGUCGAAAUCACUGAUCUUACUUACGCAGCAUUCGUUGAAAAAUUUCGUAAUGCCCAUAUCGGUAAGCUAGACACUUACAACAUUAUUCAGAAGAUGUCCUCGAUGAAACAAGCUCAUUCUAUUGACGCUUAUAUAACUGAGUUUGACAACUUACGCCGUUUGCUUCCUUCUGGUUCCUUAAUUGAAGACAUGUUUAUUCAAUUAUUUGUCAAAGGACUUAAACCCAAUACUCGCAAAGAGUUGCAUUUACGUCCCAUUACCUCUUUUUAUGAGGCUACUCAAUUGGCCUCUCGUGCUGAAAAUUAUCUGUAUUCAGAUGGUUUCUCUGUCGGUUCUUCUGUCGCCCCUGGCCCCUUUAUCUUUGAUGCAGAUGGUGACAUUGUUAUGACUGUUUGUGGUUCUCGUGGUUCUCGUUCUUCCCGUUUUAGUUCAUCUAGUCGCUCUGCUUUUCCUUCUCGUAACCCUGAUUCUAAUCAUUGGCGUCAAAAGUAUCGCGAGGUCUGUAUGAAACAACGCUUAUGUUUUAAUUGUAUGAGUCCUAACCAUCAAUCAGCCAAAUGCACUCAAGGUUCGAGUUCGUCCUCGUCACAUCGUUCCAAUAAUGCGAGGCCUCUCCAAGCCCACCGUUAUUGA